CUAUAAGUAACCUAACAAAGCCUAGCCCAUUUCAAACAAAAUUGAUGUCUGAUGAUCAGAAGGCAAACAAACGACAAGAUCCCCAAUUAUCAUCAACGUUCAAAUUUAUGGCGCGAAUGCACCACUUUCAGAAAACUUAGACAAAUUCACGCUUCCAUGAUCAUAAAUGGCUUCAAUACCAAUCGGUUUAAUCUUCGAGAACUUAUAUACGUCUCAGCGUUGGUUAUUCCCUCUGGAAUUAGUUAUGCACACCAAGUGUUCGAUCAAAUUACCCAACCAGACCUCUUCAUGUGGAACACCAUGCUUAGAGGCUCAGCUCAAAGCCCCAACCCCAGUAAAGCCGUAUCGUUGUUUACCCAGAUGGAAAAACGAGACAUAUGGCCUGAUCGUUACACGUUUCCUUUUGUGCUCAAGGCCUGCACUAAGCUUUGUUGGGAUCAUGUGGGUUGUGCUGUUCAUGGAAAGAUUAUGAAACAUGGGUUUGAAGAGAACACGUUUGCGAGAAAUACGUUAAUCUAUUUUCAUGCUAAUGUUGGAGAUAUAGAUAUUGCCAGUGCCUUGUUUGAUUCUUCGGGUAAAACCCAAGUUGUUGCGUGGUCGGCUUUGACAGCUGGGUACGCGAGGAGGGGGAAGUUGGAUAUGGCAAGAAAGGUGUUCGAUGAAAUGCCUGAGAAAGAUUUGAUUUCGUGGAAUGUGAUGAUUACGGGUUAUGCAAAGAGAGGGGAAAUGGAAAGCGCUAGGGUGUUAUUCGAUCAGGUGCCGAAACGAGAUAUUGUCACGUGGAAUGCGAUGAUCGCUGGCUAUGUGAACUGUGGGUUAUACGCGCAGGCGUUAGAGAUGUUUGACGAAAUGCAAAGUUUGGGAGAACAACCCGAUGAAGUAACAAUGUUGAGUCUCGUUACAGCCUGCACGGAUUCUGGGGAUUUAGACAUUGGUGAAAAGAUCCAUCGUGCGGUUUUGGAUUUAGGUGGAGGAGAAUUAAGCAUUUUACUCGGUAACGCGCUAAUAGAUAUGUACGCGAAGUGUGGAAAUAUCGACAAAGCAUUCAAGGUUUUCCACAGUAUGAAAGAAAAAGUGGUAACAACAUGGAACUCCAUAAUCGGAGGUUUAGCCUUUCAUGGUCACUCUGAAGAAGCCAUUCGUAUCUUCAACGAUAUGUGUAGAUUGAAAUUAAAACCAAACGAUAUAAGUUUUGUCGGGGUGUUGGUCGCAUGCAGUCAUGCAGGGAGAGUUGAAGAAGGUCGGGAGUAUUUCCGUCUGAUGAGAGAGAAGUACAACAUCGAGCCGAACGUUAGGCAUUACGGGUGCAUGGUUGAUCUUCUUGGUCGUGCGGGACUUUUAAAAGAAGCGUUUGAAUUUGUAGACAAAAUGGAGAUAAAACCAAAUGCUAUCAUUUGGAGGACUUUACUUGGAUCAUGUAGAAUACAUAACGAUGUCGAGUUGGGUAGGCGUGCGAAUGAGGAGUUGGUUAAACUAAGGUGGGGUGAAAGCGGCGAUUAUGUGUUACUCUCGAACAUAUAUGCUUCACAAGGCGAGUGGGUCGGUGCUCAGAGUGUGAGGAAAGUGAUGGAUGAUAAAGGAGUGAGGAAAGAGGCUGCGAGUAGUUUAGUUGAUACUGAUGAAGACACUCUUAUGCAUUUCUUGUUUGACUCGAAAAGUCAAUCAAAAGUCAACAAGAAGCCUGGUUUGAUUCGCUAAGCAAAAGACGUAAUGGCAAUUUAUAUGCUAUACUUGUUAACACACAGUGCUUGUUUUACCGCAUGAUCAUUUCACCUAGGGUUGUAUAACAAACGUUAAGAUGAUUAGUUUGGAUUUUCUUCAUGAACAUUAACCUCUUUUCGGGAAACAUGUAGUACAACCAAGCUCUAACGUGUCUCAACAACCCACAGUGCUUAUUUUACCGCAUGAUCAUGGCGGAUAGGCGAGAGUGCGUGUUC